AUGCACAUAAUUAUCACUGGUUUCGGGCUUUAUGGAGGUUGUGAAAGCAAUUCUAGUUCGUUGGCUGUUAAUCAUUUGGGACAAAUUUGGAAUAAAACGUAUACUGAUGCUUGUGCUGGUAUAAAACUACACACAAUAGCGAAUGUCCCUGUUACGUAUAGAGCGGUUGAUCAGUGUGUUAAUUCUAUCUGGAAAGAAAACCCUGAUUUAGUGAUACAUGUUGGUAUGGAUACCAGUGUGACGAUGCCAAUUUUGGAAACUUUGUCGUAUAAUAGUGGAUACGAUAAACCAGAUAUGGAUGGCGCUUAUUGUGAAAAUAAUGGUUGUGCUAAUAAUCAUGGUGAACCAGUUCUUUACUGUAAUAUGAAUUUGAGUAAAGCAUAUAGUAAACUAGUGGAUAAUCAUGUUGCUUGUUCACUUUCAAAUGACCCAGGCAGGUUUUUAUGUGGCUACAUAUACUACAGAUCACUGGAAUAUUCACCUGAUCGAGUUGUUUUCGUACAUGUACCAUGUGCAGCUAGAAUGUCUCCUGAAGAUACCGCUAUUUCACUUCUACAGAUAAUUCGUGAACUAACUGCUUUAAAAGGUGUUGUAAUUCCUUAUAAAUAA